AGCCAUAUUUUUUUCAACGAGAUCAGGCAUGAGAAUAGAGGAAAACACGUAACUGUUGGUAGAGUGUGAAGAACAGGAAUUUUUCCAAAGAAGUUACUUUCUCUCUGAUCAGACUUUUUGAGACCCAAUGGGGAGUGAGCCUGGAAUUGUGUCGCCAUUUAAGCGAGUUUUUCUAAAAGGAGAAAAAGGUCGGGAUAAGAAGGCCCAUGAGAAGGUCACAGAAAGACGCCCUCUUCAUACUGUGGUGCUAUCUCUGCCUGAUCGAGUUGAACCAGAUAUACUGUUGAAUGACUAUAUUGAAAAGGAAGUGAAGUAUUUAGGCCAAUUAACAUCAGUCCCAGGAUACCUGAAUCCCUCCAGUCGGACUGAAAUUCUGCAUUUCAUAGAUAAUGCAAAGAGGGCUCAUCAGCUCCCUGGGCACUUGACCCAGGAACACGAUGCUGUGAUCAGUCUCUCUGCCUACAACAUAAAGCUGGUGUGGAGAGAUGGAGAAGACAUCAUACUCAGGGUUCCCAUCCAUGACAUUGCAGCAGUUUCCUACAUCCGGGAUGAUUCAUCGCACCUAGUGGUGCUGAAAACAGCUCAGGACCCUGGAAUCUCCCCCAGCCAGAGCCUGUGUGCAGAAGGCUCCAAAACCCUCACCUCGGGCUCCCUGUCUGAAAGCGGAGUGGUACCCGUUGAAGCAUGCUGCUUGGUCAUCCUGGCUACAGAGAACAAAGUGGCUGCAGAAGAACUCUGCUCUCUGCUCAGCCAAGUCUUCCAGAUUGUUUACACAGAGUCCACCAUAGACUUCUUGGAUCGAGCAAUAUUUGAUGGGGCCUCUACACCCACUCGCCAACUGUCCCUGCACAGCGAUGACUCUUCAACGAAAGUGGACAUGAAAGAAGCCUAUGAAAGUGAAACAAGCCAUUUCUUGUUGUUGCCGGAUACAGGUGGCACCUCAUCCUCUUCCUUCACACAACCGUCUCCUCACAUCAAAACAGUCAGCGAGAGUGAGCUGAGCACCACAGCCUCCGAACUCCUGCAGGAUUACAUGAUGACGCUGAGAACCAAGUUGUCGUCCCAGGAGAUCCAGCAGUUUGCCAUGCUGCUGCAUGAGUACCGAAACGGCUCCUCCAUUCAUGAGUUUUGCAUUAACCUGCGGCAACUUUAUGGAGACAGCAGAAAGUUCCUAUUGCUAGGUCUGAGGCCUUUCAUCCCAGAAAAAGACAACCAACAUUUUGAGAACUUUCUGGAGACAAUUGGAGUAAAGGAUGGCCGGGGCAUCAUCACUGACAGUUUUGGAAGGUACCGGCGGGCAAUGAGCACCACGUCCAACUCGACCACCAAUGGGAAUGGGGCCGCAGGCAGCUCAGAUGACCAGUCUGCACCGUCAGAAGGGGAUGAAUGGGACCGCAUGAUCUCUGAUAUCAGCAAUGACAUUGAGGCGCUUGGCUGCAGCAUGGACCAGGACUCUUCAUGAGGAAAAAGCUUGGAGGAGGGGAGGAAACAGCUCUCAGGCCUGAAAGGGGCCUUCCCCUCCUUCUGGCUCACUUUCUCCUGUAGCUGUCGUCCCAGUCCUUCCUCAGAAAAGGUUCUAGGGGACCAGCCUUCAUGCUGAACCCCUUGUUUCCUUCCUUAGAGGUGGGAAGCAGGAGGUGUCAUUAGAUAGCAUGGGACCCUUCUACUGUGAAGAAAUGAAUGUGUUGUAAGAGGAGGAGUGGUAUAGGGUGCCAGGAAUACAGGAGAGCCUUGCAGUCGUCCAGACUGUCCAUGUUCGUUGCUCCUGGCCACUAUCCAGAAGGUUCCUGGGUAGGAGCGUGUCCACUGAAGUGUGGCAGAAGGCUGGGGAAAGGAGCCAGCUUUGUGAAGGAAUCUCGGCUCACUUAUUCCCCUGGACAGUUUACAGUUUUGCACAUGAUGUUCCUGUUGUAACUCUCAGAGACCUUUUUUGAAAAAUGAAGUUUAUCACAAUGUGAAUAAUUUAAAUCUCUUUGUUGUCAGACACAUUUCUAGUCUAAAUGGGGAGGUUGUGUGUGCCAAGAAAAGUACAUUUUAGGUGGUAGGCAUUUCCCAUUUUAAAUGGUUGCCCAGGGAUGCUGGAGAAGUCAACUGAGCUGUCUGGAGUAUGGCACUGGGGAGUUUUCACUGACUUCUGCCCCCAUCAGUCCACAGCCCUAAUAAGAUCUUAUGGGCCAAAAAGGGGAGAGUGCUGUUACCUCUGUUCACUGAGACUGGCCUGACCCCAUUUAUGUAUGCCUAGGAGAAACCUGUUCCUGGAGAAUAGGGCCUUGGUCGGGUAUGACAGGCCAGAGUGGGGCCAGGAGUGGGCUAAUUUGGCUUUGUUGGGUAGUCUCCAUCGCCUUCUCUAGCAUAGCAGUUCCCUGGACACCCUGCUGCUUCCUGAAGUGGGUUGGGGGGGAGGGGCUCUCCUCUAAAGGAAGUUAUGCAUUUCAGUGCAAGGAGCUCCUCAUGUCUGGCUUGUUGGUUUUUCCUUCUUAGAACUGAGGGUGAGACAGCUGCAGUCCCAUAGGAUCAGGUGGUCAGAAUCAUCGGAGGGACAAGAGAUAGUAAUAAGUGGAAGACCAACUCAUGUUCAGUUAGCUGGGAGGCUUUACCUUUGCAUGAGGUAUAUAACGUAAUGUACAUGUAGUGUAAAUACGCUCUUCUAAAUACACUUAUUUUUUUAAUCCAUAUGCCAUACUGAUACUGGCUUGGGAAGCCAGCCUUCCCAGGGUGGUAGGACUUGCUGUCCUGUUGGUGUAAUAGCCUAUUCCUUAAUUUAUACUAGGGUUAUAUUUUUGACUCCUUUUUAGAUCAAGCUCCCCGAGACUUUGCUAAGGGACAGUCACAACUCUCUUUUCAUUCUGGGGUAAAACUGUUAGUGUGUAGCAAUCCUCUCUGAUGCUUUCCCACAAAGGUUCAAUCUAGAGUCUCAUUCUCAGUCUCUCUUGCUUUCUUCCAUGUUUCCUCGAUAUAACCUCACCACAUUCCUUCAUCUGUCUCAUUCUGCUUUUGUUUUCAUCUGUGCUUGCUCUUGCCCUGGCCUUUUCCUAUCUCUACCUCCCCUCCCCCCUCUUUCACAUAUGCAAAUGUUCCCGUGUGUUAUUGAGCACCAGAGAGGGGGGUCACAUUACACUGACUUGGCCAGCCAUCUGUGUGACCUUUGUGUGUGUAAGUUAGCUAUGAAAGAGGGUCACAGUUUCUACCACUGUGCCUCACUGCUAUCUCUGCCUAGAUGGGAAAUUUCUUUGUCCUCCUGAACUUAGCAAAGGCUAACCCCCAAACCCUAGCCCAACCUUUACCUUUUGAAUUAGCAUUCUUGGACAUAGGAUCAUAGAUUUAAAGGUCACCUAAUCCAGUCUUCUCAUUUGUAAAAUGAGGUACUUGAGGACCAGAGAAGUGAAAUGACUUGUCCAAAGUUACCUUGUCAGUAAGUAGCUAGAGACUGAGUUCAAGCUCAGGACUGCAGGCUCUAGAUCCAGCAUGAUUUCUACUUUAUCACACCACUUCCCUGCAUGUACUUCAGUGGUUCCUGGGUUCUCAGAUAAACCAAAGGAAAACUGGUCCGAGACGAAGUUCAUUCUUGGAGGGCAUCAUGCCAGGGACUGAGUCUCAAAAGCUCAGCUAAGGUAGGGCUGUAGGCGAGGUGGUUGUAUUUUAUUUCUACUCCUUCCUCUUCCUUUGGUUUGGAAGUCAGGGAGGACUAAUGAGAACUCUCUAUCAUGGAUAUGUGCUGUAACUCAGUCUCCCUAUUGUGUACCUCCUCUCAUAGACCUUCCUUCCUUCCCAACUUGAUUUUUCUGGGCCCUCUCAAUGGUAGCAGCAGUCUCAACCACUUCCUGUUCAACCAUGAGCUUCAGCUUUCCUCAAGAUGGAAAGCAUCUCUGCCUAGCAUCUCAGUCCCUGUGGUAGUUCUCAGGUAAAUUUCACCUAGAAGGUAGAUAAAUAUGAAAUCUUAAAUUUAAAUUGAGACCUCUGCCUUGGUGUGGGCUGGACAUUUCAACCCUGGUUCAUCUAUGCAUCCCCAGUGACUUUCCAUCUCUGGAGCUAUGGCUGGCUAGUUAUUAGGUCAGUGGUACCUGUGGCACUGACCCUGGAACUCCACCUCCACCAGGAAAGGUGGUAAUGGUGCCCAGAGUUGAGGAGGGAGGUGUCAGGUCUGGAGGAGUGGGAGAAGUGAGAGGGAGGAGAGAGGAGGAAAUCAUGAUCCAUUGAACUCCUUAAUCUUUCUGGAAAUAUCUUGGACUCAGCCCUCUCUAGGCCAGAUAGGAACACCCUAACUUCACCCUUACUCAGGUUCAUCCUUGCCCGAGCUACAGAGUUUUAAAAUCCCAAAGCGCUUCCUCUGGUUGGGGAGGAAGAAUACAGAGUAGCAACAAACACCCCAGAAAGCUCCCUCUAGACUUGUGCUCUUCAGAGAUUCCAACGUGGCUGCCCUAGGGGUGCAAUUGCAUUGUGCUAUCUGUCCCUUUCUGCAUUACACACCUCCAGGCUUUGGGGGUGGGGGGCAGUGGCAAGUGUUCUUCACAGUGAAUUGGGCAUUUAAUUCUGUUCUCUACAAUUGCCAGCAAGAAGGCACCAGUGCCAUGAGCUCCACCCUAGCUACUAGCUAAGAUCCUCUAGCCAGACUAGAGCCCCUGGUUGACUGAUAGGGAUCAAUUGUUUCUGUCAUACAGAAUAAUGGGCAAGGAAACAGUCCCUUCCUUCUGCCCAGAACAACAAGGCUAACAUCUCUUAUGACCGAGGUGAGCUUAACUUUAAUUGACCAUGGAUAUGCAAUGCCCUCCUAGGGCACUGAAAUGCAAAGGGAAUGGGGAGGGGGGUGGGAAUGAAAGCAAGAAGAAAGGUGGGGACAGAGAAUCAAGACCUUAUGGAGAUUCUGUUCCCCCUAAAGGCUUGAGGUAAAGCUGGACUAGUCUCUCCUGCUUUAAGCAAAAUAUGAAAAACCAGCUUGACAUAAUGAAUAAGUUAGAGCGUGGCUGUUCACUUUAGAGAGGAUUCCUCCACUAGCAAGCUUCCCUGGUGCAUUUAAGACAGGAUGUAAUUCACAGAAAUUGGAUCAACACAUGAAGUUUAUAGCACCUAGCGUAGUGCUGGUCACAUGGUAGAUGCUGGAUUUAUACUUGUGGGUUAGUUGAUUGCUUGGAGGGAUCAACUCAUUGAUGGUGUAAAUGAGGGCACCUGUAUCCCUGGUGGGUCCUCACCAAAACCGCAGCUUGCUAGGGGCUUCCCCACAACUUUGGCCAUUAGAAUUGUUAGUGCCUUUGCUGUCACCGCACUGGAAUUAGUGUACACUCAGCUGACAAAGCUCAGGCCAUGACAGGUUGGGGAUGAUUUUCCAGAAUCGACUUCAGGGACUUGCCUGUUAGACCUGUAGCAAUUUUCCUAUGUGCCGAGCGACGUGACUCAAGAAGAGCUGCAGGAUUUUUGUAUCAAUGGCCACGGAUUGUUGGGUCACCGAGAACAAAGUUCUCUGGGUACUGGGCUAUUUGAGUAAUUGUCUUCCUCUCUCCCCACCACCAUGUCCUUCCCUGGCCCAGUCUUGUCUAGGACUUGGUCAGUUUUUGAAACUGAAAUUUGUCCCCAGUGCUAUGCCUGGGGAGUGAAGGGGGUGGGGGUGGGGGUGGGGAGGGAUUGGAUGGGAGAGAUACCUUUAUUUUUUAUAUGGCCUCUAGAUUUAUAUACAAAGGUAAUUUGCCCUAUGGGCUUCCGGGGACAGGGACACAUCAGGUCCCUAGAGUUUGAAAGCACUUCAGUUUCCCCAGGUGAGCUUCAUGCUGGUGGGGCUGAGAGGACUCUGGCCCCUGACACAGUCACCUGAGCCAUUCAAAAUGUCCUCAAGCUUUUGUGUGGGGUUGUGGGAGGUGGGGGGCAGCUGUAUGUAUGACACGGCAUUCCUCGCCUCAUUGUACGCGGUUUUGUAUGUAUGCUUUCUGUAUGGAGUAUUUGUUACAGGUAAAUAUAUUCCAGCACCCAACCUA